AUGGACGGCGAGUCCGAAAAGGAUCCUCGCAAUCAGGUGGAGUAUUUGUACCUGGAGCUGGACACUCCUCUACCGACACCAUUCAUCACAUCACCUCCGGGACCAGGCCAGUCGCCCGCUCCAGAAUGUCCGGAUCUCAAGAAUUAUUCCAGUCCGUUCUUAUGGCCCAAGUGGCGCAAGUCCAUGAUGACAUGGAUCUCCUGUGCAGUUACAGCAUUGGCGGGUUACUCGGCGGGUGAAAUCAGUCCGUCGUCCGCUGAAUUGACCAAGGAAUGGGGGAUUAGCCAGGUUGUCUAUAACCUGGGCAUCACUUUGUUCUGCAUUGGAUUUGCGCUGGCGCCGAUGGUGCUGGCUCCGUUUUCAGAAAUCAAUGGGAGGAGGCCAAUCUUCAUUGCUAGUGGAAUCGUAUUUGUCGCAUGCAUCAUUGCCUGUGGAGGCACUCACUCCUUUGGAGGAAUGCUUGUUGCGCGAUUCUUCCAGGGUGCAGGUGGAUCUACAUUCUCGACCAUGGUGGGAGGUGUGAUCAGCGACAUUUACCACGCGGAAGACCGGAAUACCCCCAUGGCACUGUUCUCCGGUGCUGCCCUCUUCGGUACUGGACUGGCCCCGUUGCUUGCUGGCGCCGUUGUGCAGCACACCACAUGGCGAUGGGUUUGGUACUCCCAUGCCAUCGUCUCGGCCAUCUUUGUUGUUAUCAUAUUUUUCUUCUUUAAAGAAACCCGAGGCAGUGUGCUUCUGAGUCGGAAGGCAAACGCACUCAAUACCUACUAUGACAAACUCGAGAGCGCUGGUCAUUACGGAGUCAUCAUGUCGGGUAAGGAGACGGUCAAGCGCAUCCGGUGGAAGGUGAAGAGUGAUGAGGAGAGGGCAUCUUUGGCUCAGAUGAUCAGUAUCUCGUGCUAUAGACCAUUCCACUUGCUUUUUUCGGAGCCAACCGUGUUCUUCUUCUCUCUCUGGGUGUCCUUCAGCUGGGCAGUUCUAUACCUCCAGUUUGGAUCCGUGCCGCUGGUCUUCAAGACCAACCACGGCUUCAACGUUGAGCAAAGCGGCGCCGUCUUUACUUCCAUGUGUGUCGGUGUCAUCAUCAUAACCAUCAUAAGCAUCUACCAAGAAAGCAUCGCGCGGCACUUCGUCACUCUCCCCAAAUCCGCCGAGCGACGGCUCUACUUCGUCUGCAUCCAGUCCCUGCUCAUGCCAAUCGGUUUGUUCUGGUUCGGAUGGACGUCCUACCCCUCCAUUCCGUGGAUUGUCCCAACGAUGGCAGUCGGAUGCGCAACCAUGGGCAUCUUCUCAGUCUACCUAGCAACCUUUAAUUAUUUGGCAGACACCUAUCAUCGGUAUGCUAGUUCGGCGAUUGCGGCGCAAUCUUGCUGUCGGAAUCUCCUCGGUGGUGUCUUUCCGUUGGUAACCAACGCCAUGUUUACGAACCUGGGAUAUCCAGGUGCCUCCAGUCUACUCGGUGGAAUAGGAGCGUUGCUGUGUAUCGUCCCCUGGGUCCUUCUGCUGUUUGGUCCAAAGAUUCGGGCCAAGAGCAAAUUCGCAAGUGAACUUGCACACUAG